CUGGGACAUUCUUACAUACAUUGGGCGGCACAACGGGCUACGUUUCAUCAGGCGGAUGGCCAGUUGGGUUUUCAACAAGCACAGGUGCCUGCACAGUUUUCCAUUUUUUUGGGACCAUUGCUUUAGCAGACUGAAGGAGAUGAAGAGUGAGCAUAUCCAUGGUGUCCUUUUCCCCACCAGAAAACGGAAGAAUUACAUUUCCAACUGAUUCGCUAUGGCAGAUCUUUUCCAGUGGGCACGUUACAGAUGGCAACGUCUUAUGUCUGCAGAUAGCAGGAACAGAGACCCAGAGGAUUUGUCAACAUCGCGGAAGUUACUGGGAUUUAAUAAAAGUAAUGGCGCCUCAUCAAGUUCCACCAAGCACAGAAUUGUUAUUCCAUACUUGGGCAAGUUUAGGGAAGAGUAUGCAAAGUUAACCAAAGCCUACAAGAACAAUCGGAUACGGACUACCAAAUACACUCUGCUUAACUUCAUUCCAAGAAAUUUAUUUGAGCAGUUUCAUAGAGCUGCCAACCUGUACUUCCUCUUCUUAGUCUUUCUCAAUUGGGUCCCACUGGUGGAAGCCUUCCAAAAAGAGAUAACCAUGUUGCCCCUCGUGGCAGUCCUGACAAUCAUUGCCAUCAAAGACGGCCUUGAAGAUUAUAGAAAAUAUAAACUGGACAAGGUCAUCAAUAACAUACUAACUCAGGUUUAUUGUAGGAAAGAAAAGAAGUAUAAGGAGAGUUGUUGGAAAGAUGUGAAUGUGGGCCAUUUUAUCCACCUUCGGUGCGAUGAGAUUAUUCCUGCUGAUAUGGUCCUGUUGCAUUCUUCUGAUCCUGAUGGUAUCUGCCAUAUUGAGACCUCCAGUCUGGACGGAGAAACAAACUUGAAACAGAGACAAGUGGCGAAAGGGUAUUCCACGGAUGAUGAGUUUGAUCCUGAAAAAUUUUCUGGCAGAAUUCAAUGUGAAAAUCCAAACAGCGACAUUAGCAGCUUUAAGGGAUUUCUUGAUCAUCCCAGUAAAGAAAAAAUUGGGCUGAGCAAGCAGAAUCUGCUGUUGCGAGGAUGCAUUAUCCGGAAUACAGAGACUGUAGCUGGCAUCGUUGUAUAUGCAGGCCAUGAGACCAAAGCCAUGCUGAACAAUAGCGGGCCUCGGUACAAGCGCAGCAGACUGGAAAGGCGACUGAAUAUCGACAUACUGUGGUCUGUGCUGCUGUUAAUAGUUAUGUGUUUAUUUGGAGCUGUUGGCCAUGGACUUUGGUUGGCUGGGUUUCCUGAAUCACCUGUAUUUAGCAUACCAGAACCUGGCGGGCAGCACACCUCUCCAGCUAUGGCAGGCUUUUAUAUGUUUUGGACGAUGAUUAUACUCUUGCAGGUUCUUAUUCCCAUCUCGCUCUAUGUCUCUAUCGAGAUUGUUAAAUUGGGCCAGAUCUACUUUAUCCAGAAUGACUCUGACUUCUACUGUGAGAAAUCGGAUUCCAUGAUCGAGUGCAGAGCAUUAAAUAUUGCCGAGGACCUUGGGCAGGUCCAGUACAUUUUUUCAGACAAAACCGGCACACUGACGGAAAACAAGAUGGUCUUUCGCAGAUGCAGCAUCGCUGGGGUGGAGUAUUCCCAUGAAGCCAAUGCUAGGAGACUGGAGUCCUAUCAAGAAUCCGACGUGCAUGGGAGUAAUUUAUGCCAUGUUACAUGCAUCUCUCAAAGUAGUGUGUGUAAGAACAAAGGGCACAGCCCCAAGGCUGUAAGAAAAGGUGCGAGCAGCAAGUCCUUGAACAAUCUUGCCCAGGGAGAAGAUAAUGACGGAGUCAGCCAUCACCCUAACCCCAGACAUGUGGCUUUCAGCAGCCCUAUGGAAAAGGAUGUUGUGCCAGACCCCAGACUCUUGAGCAAAUUUGACCAGAUCAACCCUAAAUUAUUAUAUCUGUCUGAAGAAGCUGAAGAUACGGCACUGGAAACUUCUUACAUUGUUGACUUCUUUCUUGCUUUGGCAAUCUGUAACACUGUAGUGGUGUCCUUGCCUAAUCAGCCUCGCCAAAAGGUAAGAAUGCCAUCAAUGAUCCGAACACCAAUGAAAUCCCUGGAAGAGUUUAAGCAGAUGUUUCAGAGGUUCUCUGUCCGCAAACUGAGUGCCAGUUCACUUACAAGUGGAAAAGACAGCCCGUCAGAAAAUGGCAAUAACUUUGUAAGCAAGCUAUCAUUUUUUGCCAGAGGGAAGAUGGCUUCACCUACUGCUGAAUUAGCUGACAAAAGUAUUAAUGAACUGCAGGCUGCAGGUAGCCUGAAUUCAACUGCGGAACUGGAGCCAGAGGUUCUAGAGCAAUUGAACAUUGUGAAUACUUGUGAUGAGCUUGACAAAGCAGCUGCCUGUGAGCUGUGCUACGAGGCAGAAUCUCCUGAUGAGGCAGCGCUUGUCCAUGCUGCCAGAGCUUACAAUUGCACGCUACAGUCUCGAACCCCUGAUCAGGUCACAGUGGAGCUGGGCUUUAUUGGGCCUAUAACAUUUCAAGUUUUACACAUUCUGCCCUUUGACUCUGUGAGGAAAAGGAUGUCUGUUAUAAUUCGCCAUCCCUUGACUAAUCAAGUGGUGGUGUACACAAAAGGAGCAGAUUCGGCUAUUAUGGACUUGAUAGCUAAGACAUCUGGAGAUAGUAAAGCAGCAGUGGUGCAAAAGAAUAUCCAGAAGCUAACACAAAAACAUUUAGAUGAUUAUGCCAGAGGAGGACUUCGCACUUUAUGCAUUGCUAAAAGGGUGAUGACUGAUUCUGAAUAUGCAGAAUGGCUGCAGUCACAUUUUUUGGCAGAAACCAGUAUUGAUAAUCGGGAGGAGAUGCUGUAUGAGUCUUCAAUAAGACUGGAGACUAAACUGACCCUUCUUGGUGCCACAGGGAUAGAAGAUCGCCUGCAGGAAGGUGUCCCAGAUACCAUAGAGUCAUUACGAAAAGCAGGAAUCAAUAUCUGGAUGCUUACUGGAGAUAAGGAAGAAACGGCAGUGAACAUAGCCUAUGCCUGCAGGCUGCUCGAGCACAACGACAAGUUAUUUAAACUUAGCAAACAAGAAAAGGAAUCCUGCGAGACUUUGAUGAACAUCAUGAUAGAUGAAAUUGAAAGAGAGAUUUGCCAGACAGAGUCCCUGGGGAAGCCAAAUGUGUUUUCCAGUGGCCGGCAUGAGAAAUCUGGGCUGCACUUUGGCUUGGUGAUUGAUGGGGAGACCCUGGAGGUUGCUAUGCAUGAAAAACUACAGGCUAAAUUUCUCCAGCUCACUAAGAGGUGCCGGGCUGUUAUCUGCUGUAGAGCCACACCUCUGCAAAAGAGCAAAGUAGUUAAACUGGUCCGGAAUAACCUGCAAGUGAUGGCCCUGGCUAUUGGUGAUGGUGCCAAUGAUGUCAGCAUGAUUCAGGUGGCAGAUAUUGGCGUGGGCAUAUCUGGGCAGGAAGGCAUGCAGGCAGUGAUGUCCAGCGACUUUGCGGUCUCUCAUUUCAAACACCUGCGAAAGCUGCUCCUGGUGCACGGCCACUGGUGUUACACAAGGCUGGCCAACAUGAUUCUUUACUUCUUCUACAAGAAUGUGAUGUUUGUGAAUCUCUUGUUCUGGUACCAGUUUUUCUGUGGCUUCUCUGGAACGGCAAUGACAGAUUUUUGGAUGCUGAUUUUGUUUAACCUGCUCUUCACUUCCGUGCCACCAAUUAUAUAUGGUGUUCUGGAUAAAGAUGUUUCUGCAGAGACCCUUACGGCGUUGCCAGAACUUUAUAAAUCUGGCCAAACAUCACAGGCUUACCGCUCAUCAACAUUUUGGGUUACCAUUUUGGAUGCAUUCUACCAAAGCCUGGCAUGCUUCUUCAUUCCAUACUUUGCUUACGUCGACUCUGAUUUGGGCAUCUAUUCGUUUGGAAAUUUCCUGAUAACUUCAGCACUUUUUGUAGUUCUAUUACACCUUCUAAUUGAGAGUAAAAGCCUGACAUGGAUUCACUGGACAGCAAUGGGCGGCAGCAUAGCAGCAUACUUUGCCUUUUCUCUGGCGUUCGGAGCAGUUUGUAUCAAUUGCAACCCCCCUGCUAACCCGUAUUGGAUCAUACAGAACCAUGUUGGGGAUCCUGCCUUCUAUCUUGUUUGUCUUUUAUCCAUUUUUGUUGCACUGUUCCCCAGGUAUGUAUGCCGGAUAUUUCAAGGAACAGCCUUUCCAACUCCACAGCUGCUAGCCAAAAAGCUGGAUGUCAUGUCACCUGAGGAACGCUUGCAUGCCCUUAAGCAUUGGAGGGGGGACCAGUCCCUUAAGUGCAGAAAAGCCUCACAACACCUCCAGCCUGCAGAUGGCAGUGCAACUACUAAGGAAGAAGCUGCUGGCAUGCUCGCAGGAGAACAAGCUUCCUUCUAUCCAUAUUAUGUUGAAGUUUGAGAACAGGAAUUUUAAUGUUGGCCAGACAACUGGUCAGGGUUACUGUGCAUGAACUAUAUACAAGUGAUGCCAUUUUGGUGGGGAGUUCAAGUAUAACAAUUGCCAUUUAGCCAAGUUUUUACAGACAAGCACUACUUGGUGCCAGGGUAGUCCCAGCAUUUUAAACAGAAACACAUUCUACUAUGAUCAAUGCUGGAGGCUAUUGUUCAGGGUUUUUAAGAGGCUUUAGAGACGUUUAGGCCAGACCCAGUGCAGGCCGUUCGAAUUGUGUUUCUGUUUUUAGGAAUCUAUUAUGUCCUCGAGUAUUUUUGCUCCCCCCCCCUUUUUUUUUUAAUUCUUAGAACAUAUUGCAGUGUUAAUUACUCUUCGGAGGAUUUGUACUUGCUACAGUAUUAGCUCUUUUGUUUUGUUCUGUUUGUUUUUAAUAACUGCAAAAAUCACACUCCGCUGGAAUAUUUCCGAGAAGAUUUAUAUGGCCCGAGACUUUCCAAAGAAGCCAUGGAAUACUUUGUAAGUACGACACAGUUCAGCAAAUGAUUCCGUAACAAAUGGGCUACUUACUACAUGGACAAAGAUCAUGGCACCGUACAGCAGCCUGGGAUGUAUGAACUACAAUUAUCUCGGGAUUUUUAACUUUUUUUUUUAAUCUUAGGUUGACAGGUGCCUAUUACUGUCCACCAAUCUCAGCAGCUCUGUCCUUUGGUGCUCAACCAAAACUGUCAAUCACAGUACAGUCUCGGCAUAUAACCGUCUGCCAGUUAGCCCAUGAGACUGCUGGGAGAUCUAAAGGAAUGUACAAAAUGAACUUGUUUGUAUUCAGUUUUUUGCAUUACAGUCACGAGAUAAGUUACAAUGUCAAACAGUCAGCAAGUAUAUCCGUUUCCUAAAAUGAUCCUUUGGUUUAGCAUAAAACAAUGUCACUGAGUCUGCCCAGGAGGAGUAACCAGUAGCAUGUUUGCUUUUAAUCAGGUGACCAGUAAAUGCUUCCUGCUAAUUGUUUGUCAUGGUUUACUGCUCCUUGGCAAUAUUAGGGGCCUAUUUAUCAUGCUGUAAAAAAAUGGAGUGAAGCAUUACUGGUGAUGUUGCCCAGAGCAACCAAUCAGCAGCUAGAAGACUAAAACAAAGAUCUGGUUGGUUGCUAUGAGCAACAUCCCCACUGUUUCACUCCAUAAUAAAUCGGUCCCUUAAUGUCUUUUAUAACAUACCCCUAUGAGUGUUUUAGUAUGUCCCAUUUUUACCAACUUUUUCCGUUAUUUUUUAUAACGUUUGAAUUAUUUGCCUUCUCUUUUAACUCUCUCCAGCUUUCAGCCAAAAACCUGUUGCUCAGGCUACAAUGUAGUUUGAAACUUUUUUAUUACUUUAUAUUCAGGCCCUCUCCUUUUCAUUGUCCAGUCUCUUAAUUCUAUCCAGUGUCUGGUUGCUAGACUAUAUCCCUAGCAACCAGAUAGCUGCUGAAAUUGCAAACUGGAGAGAACAAGAAGCUAAAUAAAUUUUAAAAAAAAACAUAAUAAAGUAAGACGAGUUGCAAAUUGUCCUAGAAUCACUCUCUGCAUCAUACUAAAAUUAAAUUUAAAAGACAACCCCUUUAAACCAAAUUCAGUUAAAGGAACAGUAACGCCAAAAAAUGUAAGAAUUUUAAAGUAAUUAGCAUAUAUACUGUUAGAAUGUACUAGUAAAAGCCGUGUAUUUGCUUCAGAAAUACUACUAUAUUUUAUAUAAAUAAGAUGGAGAAAAGGCACAGAUUACAUAGCACCUAACCGAUAAACCCUGUCCAAAACAAUAGUGUUCCAUCUGUUAUGCGCUAUAGAACCUGUGCCUUUUUUCCAGCUUGAAUAGCUGCCCCCGUGGAUAUACAGCAGCUUGUUUAUAUAAACUAUAGUAGUUUUUCUGAAGCAAACAUGCCAGUUUUACCAGUGCAGAGCAACAGUAUAUUAUAUUUUAAUUACUUUGAAACACUUUGUUUUUGAUGUUACUGUUCCUUUAAGCAAUAGAUGCACUAAAGCUCACCAGUCAUUGGCUCGCAGCCUUGUCGUAUGAGAACAUGUCUAUUGAAACCACUUCCAGAUAUGCUAUAGGUUACAAAACUGUGUCUUAUUUUGUGUCUUAUAUUACAUUACCCUCUACAGGUUAAAUGAAAGUACUCUGGCCAAACUGUAUUUUUUGUUUCAUCAUCUUAUGAUUUACAGCAUCUUACAUCGGAAUGUAAAUUUCCCUUCAUGUAUAAUGUCAGUGAUUCUUGUUUCUUUUCAAAGUCUUACCUCCUAAUUAAAAAAAAAACAGUUAUCACAAUGAAGAAUAACCAGCAACACCCAAGUAAAGACUGUAAUGCCAACAGACCUGAGCUCAUGCUGUAAGACAUUUUUUUAUUAGAUGUUUGUUCUAUAGGGGAUAAAGUACCCCCUGUUGUAAAUUAUAAGGAUCAUGGAGUCCUGAGGUGACUUCUGAUUUCAUAUUUUACAACAGGUGAUGCAUUAUUAUAUUUUUAAAUAACAUUUUAAAAAGUCAUGUGACCUAGCUGAGCACUAUUUAUAUAUAUUUUUACAUGUGUUUGCACAGGAUAUUCAUGGCUCUUGAGUGAGGUAUAAAAUACAUAUAUAUGUAUGAAUAUCCUGUAAAAUAUAUCCUUAUAAACAGUGCUUAGUGAUGUCAUUGGUUAUAAUCGGAACUUAGUGAUGUCAUUUCGGUCACAUGACUCCCUGAAACUUGUGUAUUAUAAUAAAUAAAUUACCUUGUGCUGCAAAAUAUGAGGAUAUUAGAAGUCACCUCGGAGUUCUAUAAAAUAUAAUUUUUCAUAUAUAUAUUAAACUUUUGGCUAGCACUCUUAGCCUUUAUCAUAGUUUGAACUACAAAGGGGUAAUGUUAUACCAAAUACCCCUAGCAACCAAUCAGCUCGCAGCAGCAUUUAACGAUCUGCUGUUGAAGGUAAAAGCCUGCUUUUUUUAACUAUGGAUUUAAUUGCAUCUCCCUGCAUCCCAUAUUCAGCCAUUGAUUGGGCAUGUUUUUUAUUAACAGUUUCAAAUGAAUUGCUGUACUUCCACAAUUAAAAUGUUUCCAAAUAUGCAAUAUAGUUGAAACCAGGAUUAAUCCCAAUUAAAUUCCCUAUAAUUGUUUAAAAAAAAAAAAAAAAUGACUAUGGGUGCUAGUAAAAUAGGUGCCUAUGGGAAAGACAAUACUACAUUCUCAGUAGGGGUGCACCGAAUCCACUAUUUUGGAUUCUGCCGAACCCCCGAAUCCUUUGCGAAAGAUUCGGCCGAAUACCGAACUGAAUCCUAGUUUGCAUAUGCAAAUUCAGAUUCACUUCGACCAGGCAGAAUCCCUAAUUCUCAGGGCUUUUUUUUGUUUACCAAAAUAAUAGAAUACAUAUCUGAGCCAUUAUAGAUCAGGUUUCCCCUACUAAUUCUUUAGUGUCUUGUAUAUUUCUUUUUUCCCCUUGUGACUCUUGAUUCCUCUGUCUUUUUUCAGUUUUAUCAGAAUUUUAUUCUAAAAUUUUUCUGCACUUAUGUUUUGUUUUUCAUUCCCUCCCAGCAUAGCAAAGGCAUUUCCGGUAUACAGAACUGUUGUAAUGAAAUGUAUUUGACUCUUGGACACUCCAUUUCUGCAUUCAGCAGGGCCUGACAUUCUGGUAAUGUGCGGGUCUGUGCAACUAGUUACAUGUACGGCAAACAGUGUUCCCAGUGCGAUUCAUGUGACCCAAACCCACAGGAAAAUGCACCUUACCUUUUUAAACAAGCUUGUGUUGUUUUUAUAAAGAAAUAUUUUAUACUCUUUAUGUUUGUAAACAUUGUAUUUAUUAUUAAGAAAUCCAAAUAAAGUAGUUUGCUGUA